AUGCAGCAGAGAAAAUCCACAUAUGGAAGGCCUACUGGAACGAACGGUUUCGAUUUCUCCUACUGCAUGGUCGUUGAAUCUAGUAUUGGGAAUCUUGUAGCUCUGAUUUUGUUUUCCAUACUUAUUUAUUCUUUCCAAAUGGGUGCAACUAGUGCAGCAAUUUCCACAGUUGUGUCUCAAUAUGUUGUCACAUUCUUAAUGCUAUGGUUUCUAAAUAAGAGAGCAAUACUACUGCCUCCAAAGAUGGGAUCAUUACAAUUUGGAGGAUACAUAAAAUCAGGUGGUUUUCUUCUUGGAAGAACUCUUGCUGUUCUAACAACCAUGACUUUGGGGACAUCAAUGGCUGCUCGUCAAGGCCUGGUUGCAAUGGCUGCUCAUCAGAUAUGCAUACAAGUAUGGUUGGCUGUUUCACUUCUGGUUGAUGCUCUGGGUGCAUUUGCACAGGCUUUGACUGCAAGUUAUAUGUCUAAAGGUGACUAUAAGACAGUGAAGGAAAUUGCUCACUAUGUGCUGAAGGUAGGAUUGGUCACAAGUCUUGCCUUGUCUGCAAUUUUGGGUCUAUCUUUUGGUUCAUUAGCUACUCUGUUCACCAAGGAUGCUGAAGUACUAGCAAUUGUUGGUACUGGAGUAUUGUUUGUCAGUGCUAGUCAACCUCUGAACGCACUAGCUUAUGCUUUUUAUGGUCUCCAUUAUGGUGCUUCAGAUUUUGCAUAUGCUGCCCGUGCCAUGAUGGUGGUGGGAGGAAUGUCUUCUGCAUUUUUGCUAUAUACUCCGGCAGUCAUUGGUCUUCCCGGGAUUUGGUUAGGGCUGACUCUGUUUAUGGGUUUGCAGGUGGUGGCUGGAUUUUACAGGUAUAUUGAGAUGAUUUCUUUGGAGCAAUUUUUGACAACAUUUGUAGUUGAGGCCUUUAGAAUGGAAGAAUGUAUUUCACUAAUUUUUGUAUACAUUUCUUGUUUUGUAUUUAGUGAUAAAGGAAUCUGAAUUGGGCAUAAAUUCUGUUGUAAUAUGAUUUCUUAAGCCUAGACUAGUAGACUAAAUAUUGUAAUUACAUUUGAGUAAUUAAUAAAAUCUAUUUAUGUUA